AUGAACAGCACAAUUGAGUCCACUGAUGCCACAGAUCAAAAGGGUGGGCAAAGUAGUGGUGGUUUUGGCUAUGGCAUGGGCAUUUCCCUUGGUCUCUGCAUGUUAAUAGCAACUAUAGCUUAUGUUUCCUACGUCUGCAUCAGAUUACGUCGCGCCAUGCACCACCCCUCUUCCUCCCAUAGAACCUCCAUAGACACCACCACUGACGGUGGCUCAUUCUCAACCACAAUCCAAAAAGGACUCGACGAAACCACCCUCCUCGCCUACCCCAAACUCCUCUAUUCCGACGCUAAGCUUUAUAAAGGCGACUGCAUCGCUUCAGGCUGCUCCAUAUGCUUAGUUGACUACAAAGACACUGAAGUGCUUCGCUUGUUGCCUGACUGUGACCACUUCUUCCACCAUGAAUGCAUCGACUCAUGGUUAAGGCUUCAUCCAACGUGCCCAAUCUGUCGAACAUCACCCAUGACAAGCCUCCUUUUAGCCCCUCUUCAGGAGGUCGUCCCCUCGGCCACACCCCAAAACUGA